UGGCUGCCGCGUGGGAGGGCGGGACUAGGCCGACGGGGGCGGAGCUUAGAGUGAGGCGGGCCGCCCGGCGGCCGCCAGGGAAAUGGGUGCCCCGCAAGUCUGCGGGCGCCGGGGGCGGGGAAAGCGCUCACUGAGUUGGGCGCUGGCUCCGCCCCGGACCCGACGGGAAGGUGGGGCCGCCCCCAUCCUCCCUCCCUGGCGCUGGGCUGUGCCCGGAGCGGGGAAACGGAGUCAGUUCUGAGCUCUUUGCUUAGUUUUUGGGCGGCGGAAGCCGGAGAAGGAACAUGGCGCUCGUAGGCAACGGAGCAGAGCUGGAAGCGGACGAGGACAUCUUUGAAGAUGCCUUGGAAACCAUCUCGAUGCCUCUCACAGAUAUGGCAACAAGCAGCCGUCACUUUGCAUCAUUUGAUACCAAACAGGCCUCUGGACGGCACCGAUCAUCUAACUUAAGCAGGUCCAUACCAACCAAAGUGGAUCUCAGGAGUGGCCUAGAAGAAUGUGCAGUGGCAUUGAAUUUAUUUUUAAGUAACAAGUUUACUGAUGCCUUAGAAUUGCUUCAACCAUGGGCUAAGGAGAGUAUGUACCAUGCCUUAGGCUACAGUACCAUUGUGGUGUUGCAAGCUGUCAUGACCUUCGAGCAACAGGACAUCCAAAAUGGCAUUUCUGCCAUGAAAGACGCAUUACAAACAUGCCAAAAAUACAGGAAAAAAUCCACAGUUGUAGACUCUUUCUCAAGUUUUCUUUCUAGAGGGUCUUUGGAACAGCUGACUGAAGAGGAAAUGCAUGCCGAAAUCUGUUAUGCCGAGUGUCUCCUACAGAAAGCAGCACUCACGUUUGUGCAGGAUGAAAAUAUGAUCAACUUCAUCAAAGGUGGACUCAAAAUUAGAACAAGUUACCAAAUAUAUAAAGAAUGUCUUUCUAUCCUGCAUGUAAUUCAGAAGAGCAAAGGGGAACAAGAGUUUUUCUAUGAGUUUGAAGGGGGUGUCAAGCUUGGAAUAGGGGCCUUUAAUUUGAUGCUGUCCCUUUUACCAGCACGGAUUAUCAGAUUGCUAGAAUUUAUAGGAUUUUCUGGAAACAGGGAGCUGGGUCUCCUGCAGUUACGAGAAGGCGCGUCAGGAAGAAGUAUGAGGUCUCCACUGUGCUGCUUAACUAUCCUAGCUUUUCAUACUUACAUCUCCCUGAUACUUGGUACAGGAGAAGUGAAUAUUGUGGAAGCAGAGAGUCUUCUUGCACCCUUCCUCCAGCAGUUUCCAAAUGGCUCACUCAUGUUGUUUUAUCAUGCCCGGAUAGAGCUGCUGAAAGGGAAUGUGGAAGAGGCACAAGAGAUAUUUCGAAAAUGCAUUUCAGUUCAAGAAGAAUGGAAACAGUUUCACCAUCUCUGUUACUGGGAGCUGAUGUGGAUUUAUAUAUACCAACAAAACUGGAUGGAGGCCUAUUACUAUUCAAAUCUACUUUGCAAAGAGAGUAAAUGGUCCAAGGCAACGUAUGUGUUCUUGAAAGCUGCAAUUUUGAGUAUGCUUCCAGAGGAAGAUACAGUGGCAACUAAAGAGAAUGUAAUAACUUUAUUCAGACAGGUGGAUGGCUUGAAGCAGAGAAUUGCCGGAAAAUCGAUUCCUACUGAGAAGUUCGCCGUGAGGAAGUCUCGACGUUAUUCCAGCUCGCUGCCUGUGCCAGUGAAGCUCAUCCUGCCUGCCCUGGAAAUGAUGUAUGUCUGGAAUGGUUUUCCGAUAGUGAGCAAAAGAAAAGACCUUUCAGAAAAUCUGUUGGUCACUGUUGAGAAGGCUGAGGUCGUUUUACAAAAUGAAAACUUGAGUGACUACUCUGUAGAUGACGAGUGCUUAGUGAAGUUGCUGAAGGGAUGCUGCCUGAAGAACCUACAGCGGCCCUUGCAGGCAGAGUUGUGUUUCAACCACGUUGUCCAAAGUGAAAAGCUACUGAAGUAUGACCACUACCUAGUGCCAUUUACUCUGUUCGAGUUGGCACAUUUGUACAAAAGCCAAGGGGAAAUUGACAAGGCUAUAAAGGUCCUAGAAACUGCAAGAAACAACUACAAAGACUACUCCAUGGAGUCCAGGCUACACUUCAGAAUUCAGGCAGCCCUUCACCUCUGGAAAAAACCUUCCUCAGAUUGAUUAGAACAAGAUGGAUGGAAUUUUCCCUCAGCACCGGCAUGUGCUAUAGAUUAGACAUACUAAAGUGGAAAAGUGAUCUUGUGAAUGAGAGAUGAAAAACUAAUUUUAUUGUCAAUAUUUUCUAUCAUCUGUGUGGUUUACUGUUGGUCUGUAUGAUUUUUUUUCCCUGUGUAAUGUUGUUCAACACUAUCUAGAAAAUUCUUAUAUUUUGCAUCUCCAGAAAGAAUUUCAUAUUAGUUUUGACCUGGAGGGUGAAGAAGCCUUUUAAAGGACACACAGGUACAAUAAAGUCUAAUUAGGUUAUUAAUUUUUUUAAUGUGGAAAUUGAUGUUUAAGUAGCAAAAUGGCUUACAAGAUGAGCCAGUUUUAGAUUUGGUGGUCAGUUAAACUUAAGAGAUACUUUGUUGUCUAGUAUUUAAAUUUAAAAGGGGAAAUAAAAUCUAUAUUCAAAAUAGCUUAACAAUAAUCUUUUGAAGACUCCUGAAAAAGACAGGCAGUGGGUGUGAAUAGGGAUGGGAUAAUGUGUUAGCUGGUUGAAAAGACCUAUAUCUGGAAAAGAUGACAAAAUAUUGUUUUGGUUUUUUAUUCUUCAUGUAAGUUAAAAGUGGUGACAUUUUUGAGAGACUAUUCUGUCUUUGAAUGUAUUUAAGUCUAUUAUAGUGACAAAAUUAAAAAACUUUGUAUCUAAGGGGCAGAAAAAGUUAUAUUCUAGAAAUUAUCCUCAACCUUAGAAAUGAAUGUCGAGGUACAUUAGUAAUUUUUCUUAUAAGAAGCAAAGUAAAGCUUCCUGCUGCUUUAAAUGAUAUGUAAAAUAUCAAUAAUUUUUGCACUAUGAUGUUGGUGAUUAAGAUCUAAUUUUCUAAUCUCUUGAGCACUAUGAUGGUUCCUUAUAAAUACCUGGACUGUGCUUAGUCCUUUAAUUGGGAAACACAAUUGGCACAGAGCAGAAGAGAGUCCAACUCUAUGGCCCUGACUCUGCUACCAGGUAGCAAUUGCCAGGGUGUUGCUUUGGGAGCCCCCUGCUCUGUGUAUCGGCAUAGUUUCCUCAUCUGUGCAAUAGAAACACAGAUGACUUUCAAGGUCUCUUUCAGUUUUUUAACUGUGAGUCUCUGUAUUCGGUAUUUAUUUUCAGCAAACACGUUAAAAUGUUUACCCCAGAUCAUUCCCACUUAGUGUAUAUUCUUUUUUGCAAUCAUCACUAUCUGCCGUCCCCUCCCCUAGUCCUCAAUAUGUAUGUGCUACGGUUAAGGACAUGAUUGUAUCCAGAAUGAGGAAAAACAAUUCCUGAAUUCAUGAAUCAGGGUUUUGUCCUAUUUCUGUAUCUAUGUUGAAGAAUAACUUGUUGUGGAUGCCCCUGCAGUUUAACAGAAACAGUCCCAGACUGGGAGGUGGAAGCCCAUCUGCUUUAGUUCCUCAACAUAGAGUAAGUCGUUCACCCUUUCUGGGACUCAGUUUCCCCAGUGGGGAUAGCAACAGAGUGCUUGGUGCUUGAGAGGGCCCAAUUAGAUCAUAGCUUUUUGUAAACUGUGAAAGGCUGUAUGAAUAUGAAUUGUAAUAAUCAUUGUUUUUAUACACUAAUUGCAAUAUAGGCACAGAAGUAUGGGGUGAGUCUAGUCUCUGAUGUAAAAUGAAAGAAGCCUGGAAAUUUAAAACCUUUAAAUUUAUUCAUGUGUUUGGCUCUGACAAUAGCCCAGAUUAUGAAUUUGCUCCUUGCUAUUUAUUCUCUGCUAUAUGAACCUGCACCCAGAAGGUAUUGGCCUUGUUUUCUUUAAGGUACUAAUUCUUGACUAGGACUGAGGAUAUUUCCAAAGGAAACUGAUUAAUGCAACUCAAGUCAGAAUCCACCCCUUCAGAUAAUAUAGUGGUAGAUCUUAAUAUGUGGUAUUAAUAGAAAUUAUAUAACUUUAGGUCCAGACAAAGAUGAACUCUCAUUACAGUUAAUAGUGGAAAAUGUGUUUAAUAAUUAUUUUGUAUAUAAGUUAGGAAUAUUUAUAAAUUUCUUAGAACUUCAGCAGCAUUCUUUUAAAGUAUAAAUACCCAUAUUUUUUUGUGAGAAGCUGCAAGUCAGAACAAAAUUCAGUAAAAAAUUCUCUUUUUGAUAUAAAAUGAAAACAAUUUAAGCUAAUAAUGGUUAUUUCUAUUUUAUUUUAACUCUGUAUUACCAAACAAAUACAAAAGAAAUUCACAUCUUCCAUUUAAAUUUCUCAUUUGUUUUUUUAAAUUUCUAUUCUGUUUAGAGUUACUGGUGAUAUGAAUAAUCUAUCCAAUUGAUUUUGAAGUGCUACAGUGUCAUUAAUGCUACACAUAUUUAUGUUUCCUGCCAUAUUCAAUACUGUGGUGUUAACAAUUUCUUGUGACAUCAGCUAAUAAUGCAUUUUUGGAGUUAGUGAUUCAGUAUUCUUUUUGUGAAGAAUGAAUACUGAAGUGACAAUGUUUUAUCUGCUGUUUUGAGGGGCAUAUGUGGUGAGGUUGAGCUGCCAAUGUGUCUUGACAGUUUGUGUAAUUUGUAUACUUCUUGGUAUAAUUGCCUUUUUAAAAAAAAAUCAAGAGCAAGGGUUCUGAUUGGUGCUGUAAGAAUUAUAGACUCAAGUAGAGGUUAUGCUUUGUAGCACGGAUGACAAGGAAGGCAUGAUUUCAGCUUGACAAUCAAAGAUUAAUGGAAGAAUAACUACGUCAGCUUUUAUAUGGAUAUAUAUUUUAAUGUUUCUAUGCUUCUCCUGGGUAUAAGAGGGUCCCAAGUUACCUUGGAAAAAGAAGAUUGUUGACUCAGUCCCUUCUAUAAAUAGGUAGAAAUGGUAGGGAGAUAAAUUCUAGAUUAAGCAGUGUCAAAGAAGAUUUUUAAUCAUUGAAACACUUUAAUAGUUUAACCCACCUUUUUUGCAAGGGAGUGGGUUUAGCAGAGCUGUGUGACUGUCAUGCCUGCCUGGCCUGGAACUUGAACUCUCGGUUCACUCUAUGAGUCUUUGAUUAGGGCUGCCAAUCAGGGGGUGUAUAUAAUGAAAAAAGUUUCCCCCUUCCGAAGAAAAGUGUUUCCUUUCUUGAAGCUACUUUUAGAGGUAAUCACACUGUGAUUAAUAUUAACACUUACUUUGAAUCAUUCCUUUAAAUUGAAUCUGUUGAUGUUUUUGGUGGCUUUUCUUCUUUUGGACAUUAAAAAUAAUAAUUAAAAAAAGAUUUUUGUGGCCAACUGGAGAAAUAUUUGGAAUUAACUCUGAUUAAUUAUUGAUAUUUUGUUUCUGUUAUUUUUUCCAUAGUUACUCUCUCCAUAUUUUUAAAUCAUAAAUUCAAACAUAUUUAGGCAAACUGAGUUACUGUAGACUUGAGUGAUUGUUUGGAUGCCCUGAGAUUUUGUGAUUCACAGGGCUGGGAAUGGAUCUUGGGAAGUGAUCUCCUCCUCCCCAUCCUUUAGACAGUGGUGUUUCCCCUCAGUCUUGCUCUGUCUGGUGCGGCAGCCUCCCAACACACGUGGCUAUCCAGCACUUGAAACAUGGCUAGCGGCCCGUGUCGGAACGAGGCUGAGUGUCAGGGAGCGUUUGUUUACACAUGCUGCAGUGCUUUUUAAAGUAAAGGCCUCCCAGGGUCAUAGGGUUUUCCUUGCUGUCUGAUAAUGAUCACCGCGUCACCACAGCUGCACUGUCAGUUUGAUUCAGUUAUGUAUCUGUGAGGUGAGGUUUGCUUCUUUUCUUUCAGGGCCCAUAAACCGUCAUUUCACUGUGUUUACUCUGCAUAUGAUCAGGAUCAUUGGCACACUCGGACUUUAUUCCUCCUCCACCUGCCAUCCCCACACCGCCAGAGCUCCUUGUGUGCUAGUCUAAGAGACCUUAUUUUUAAGAUGACACUUUUAAUCUGAUUUUACAGACAUUCCUUGCUUUUUCAGAUGCAACAGCACAAACUGUUAGAGUUAUAGAGAAGUGACUUUCACCUUAAAGAUGUUAGUAGAUUUUAUGGUUAAAAUUAUUUUCUAAGAUUAAUGUUAUUUAAAAAAAUUUGGUGAACCUUUUCAGUCCCUUCAUAUUAUCAAUAUUCCAACAUUGACUCAGCUAGGUCAAGAUUACUGUUUAAAGAUUUUUAGAUAACUAGUUACCCACUUAGAGAAAGAAUUGAUAGUUUAUUUCAAGUUACAUAUUUUAUGCUUUUGUUGCCUAUUAAUAUCUUUAAUGUGUAUGCUUUCUGGUGAUAUGCAUAUAUAUAAUUGACAUAUUUUAAAUCUCUUUAGACGUUUCUUGAUAAGGUACACAAAUAAACAGACAAUAGAAAAGAGCUUUAAUAUUAAAUAGACAGUGUUUGAUACUUUCCUUUCCAAAGGAGUGCAGGAUUUUUCUCCAGGUUGUUCCGCCUCCCCUAGACCAUUUACGUAUUUUCUUUUUUAUGAAUUAGAUUGCUUGUCGUGAAACCCUAUUCCUGCCUCCCAUUGUUAGUAGUUUUGUCUGUUAUACAUCUGCUGUUCAGAAUGCUGAACUUGAAUUGUAAUGAAGAGGACACAUCAGAAUUUCUCAUGAGAGAAAAUACCUUCUGUGUGGAGCAGUUGCUGUCUGAUCUUGAUGGUGUUGAGGUCUAUUCCAGUCUGUUUAUAACUUCGUAACUACAGAAAGAAAUGAUGCAAGGACUAUUUUGUGGAUUCAGAAGGCUGAGCAGGUUCUUGGCCUGAUAUAUCCCAAAGGGGUAUGGGGACCUAGCUUCACAGGAAGCUCAAUCCCCUUUCUGUCCAGUUUACAAAUGUGUCAGCACAGUGAUACUGUAACAUGACUUUGCAUGGAAAAUUCAAAGCAGCUGCCUCCCUCUGCUUAACUAAUAAACAAUGAUUGCAAAUGCCUAUAGAUCGGAUAUUUAAUAGGAAAACUCAAGGUACUCUAAUACCAAGCUUCAUUAAGUAAAACCUGUUGCAUAUUAAUAUACAAUACACCUUUUAUGUUAAUCCAGUAGUUCUUAGAAACACGUAAUUUAAAGGAUGAAUAUUAGGGAUGCUGGCAUAUUUCAGUGGGAGCUUUUUGUUUUAUUGCUACUUAAUAUUUUCUAGUAAAUUGGUUUUAAUUAUUGGUAGUUUGCUUGGUAUCAUUUAGAAAAAAACAAAAUGUUAGCCAGAGAAAUUGGAUACAAUGAGCAUGUUUAAGAAUAUUGCUUAUCAUUUAAGUUUUAAAGGAAUUCCAUUAUUUGGAAAUGCUGGAAGGUCCUUUCUCAAGUUGAAGGGAUGACAUUCCCUGCUUUGAAUAUCAUGCAUGCCUAUAAUUCACUCUUAUCUUUAUUGGAGCCAAGUGUCCAGGUGGCAAUUUGGGGUAUAGUAAAUGUGUUCAAACAUUUUUCAAUAAUUACUUCACCUUUUUCCUGAAGUGAUUUUAUUCUUCAUAGUAGACAGUUGCUUUCUGUACAAAGAUUUGUGUUUUAAGAGAAUAAUUUACAUUUACAAGAGAGAUUAUAGUAUAUACUCCAAUACUCUUAGGCUAUUGGUUUAAUGGCUUAAGAAAACAGUACCAUUGGGUACCUUGAUUUGCAUAAGGAGAACACAUGUGUUUCACUGAUACGUGCUGUCCAGAAAAAUUACCUGAAUUCUCAAUAAUAUGUUGCAUUCUCAUGUUGUGUUAGGGGAAGAUUUUAUAACUAAGUAGUUUAUUAUUUUCCCUUUGCUAACAGUUGACAUCCAAUCACCUGAAUUAAUACCAGCUGACUCAUUUAUAUACUAGUGUUUUAAAAUAUUUAUUUGCAAAUGUUCAUAGAACUCUUGAAUUUUUUGAUGCAAAUUGCUAAAUCAUAUGUAAAGGCAAAAUAUAUAUAUAUAUUUAAUAAGUGAGAAGUAUUAUUUUAUUACUGAAAUUUAUUUCCAAAGCAAAUUUAUUUUGUAGGUACAUCACUUGGGGAAUGUUGCUUUGCCUUAAAACACACAAACAAAUAGGCCUGUCUUGUGAUCUGGUCACCUAAAUACCCUUAAUAUUACCUUGACAUAAGUAGGGGGAUUUUGAAAUUAUUUGAUAAUGUGUAUUUUUCACUUUUAUUUGCAUUAAACAAAAAUAAAGGCCAUAGAUUUCGUAAAUCAAUGUAUGGUUUCCUGUGGAAUCAUCAGUCUACCUGUAUGUACUUUAUAAUUCAAUGUUUUUUUAGUAAAAAUUGUCAAUAUCUUAUCUCACACUUUCUCUUCUCAUUAUAAUUGAACUUAGUUUCCUAUCUUUCCCAUUCCCUCACAGUUUUACAGAGCAAAACAUUUUUAGAAAUUGAAGAUGUGUGAGUUGUAUGUAAGAUGAAUGUGUUGGUGGCAUCCAUCUGCUGAUCAAGUAGGCAUUGGAUCUGGAACCAGAAAGUGAAAUAGAUUGUAGUUAUAAAAGUGUUAACAAUUUAAGUAGAGAAGAAAGAAGAAAACUGUGAACUUCUGAUAUUUUUAAUAUAAAAACUGUUCCCAGUGAGUAAUCACUUGCUGAUUUUGUGUUAAUGUUAUCAUCUAUGAUUUGUAAGCUAAUAGUGCUACGUGAUCUAAAUUUUCAACAUGAAGACAACAGUUACUGUAGCCUAUUUUUAACAUUAAGUCAUUUUUGAAAACAGAUGUCAUGUUAAAAGUUGUAUUUUUAAGUGCAAAUAAAUUAUCCCAACUUGAAAGUCAA